AUGGCGUUCGAGUAUCGCAUGCCCGGCACCUAUUUCGACACGCAGCCCGGCGGCGUUCAUCCCGGCGUCUUUCGCACACCCUCCUCUCCCUCCGCGAGCUCUUCGCUCUACCUCGCAAGGUCCUCCGGUAGCUAUCAGUCAGAAGCUGCGACCCCUCACGCCCAGCGCAUGCGAAAACGCCGAAACGAUGUGUCUCGUGAAGCUACCCCCCUACACGAGUGGUGCGACGGAAACAUGAACCUCGACAGCUCCGGCGAUCUACCUCCAAAAUACGACACUCCCCAGGCGAACCACGAAGCUCGUUAUACUCUUGCCGGUCAGCUCGAGACCCCAGGCGUUGUUGCCAAUCCUCCCUUCGAGAAUGGUGCGCUGGACGAGAGCAUGUACUCGGAUGCCGAUUACCGAAGCAAACUUGGAUCAAAACGUCCCCACGAAGAAAUAGAGUCCCCAGUAUCCAACCAGCCAACGGUACUUGUUCAACCUCAACCUGUCGUCGAAGGCUGGAGUCGCUUUGCUUUCAAUACUAUUGGUGGCGUCGUUGGCAAGGUGUGGGAAUUCUGCAGGACUGGCGCCUUUAGAGGCUUCUCUGCAGGAGGUGGCAAGGCUUACACCAUCGACGGCCAGAGCCUGGAAACGUUACCAGAGCCCGAGGUGGAAGUUGAGCCCAAACCUGAACUUGGACAACAGCCUCAACCCCAACUGUCCGAGAAGACACCCGAUUUCGGGCUAGAGAGCCCCAGACCGAGCGCCCCUUUGGUUGACACAACACCGCCAGGUGGCUAUCCAACGCCUGGCUUCAUGAGCACCAACCCCUUCGCGUACCAAUUCCAAGAAACCCUUCCGUCCGAGAGUACACCGUCGCGUCCGGCGGUGAAGCGCAGACAAACCAGCGCCGGAAACCAUGAUGAGCUUCGCAACUGGGUUGUGGUGGAUGAGCAGGCAGCGGCUAGCAGACGGGCACUUCCUCGGCCGGCCUCGCGUCCGGUCUCGCGGAACAGCCGGCCGUCAAUGGUGACUGGGCGCAGAAUCAGCGUCCCCAAGCCACGCCUCAGCUCCACACCGACGGCCCAGCGCAGGCCAACCACCAGUCACAGCAACAUCUCGCACGCUGGAACUGCGGCGCUGUCACCCCAACAGCCUGCCAGCUUUGCCGGUGCCUGGUCGCCCGAGACACCCUCGCAGUUUACUGGUCCAUCGCCGAGUCGGAUUCCUCUGCCUGUCCAGCCCGCUGGAUUGGGGCCCAAUCCGUUCGCGAGACCGAGCAACCCAAACUUGCGCCAGAGCGCCAUUCCUUCUCCUGUACAGUCCAGCACUAGCCCUUACACUCACUCGCAUCGUCGCUCGCGUAGCAAUGCAUCAGCAGCACAUUCACGACGUAAAUCGAAAGAUUUUGGCGUCGACUCAAUCCGCGAGAGCCCUCGUCUUACUACCGAGGCCAAGAAAUUGGCAGCUAGGAGGGUCAGGGACGAGCAGGAUUCCGAUGCACGGAUUGACGAUUUCAACCAAAGACUGAAAGAGAUGAUUCGCCAGGGCCGAGAAGCACUUGGCACCAAGAUUGAGAUUGAUGGUGAUGACGGUUGCUGGAUGGAUGAUUAA